GAACUUUUAGUUCAGUUUGAGAAUUUUAAUUCAGAUUCGAGAACAUGAUUGAAAGUCUUGCAAUUUAUUUUGUAUAAGUACAUGUCAUAUUCUCUUAAGAUUAUCUCUUUUCCAUCAUCCACCACAGCAUCCUCAGCUCAGUCUUUCGUUCUCGAAACUUUCCAUUCGCUUCUUAACAAUCGCUAAACACUCUCGUUGAUUUCAUAUUCAAGCUCCCUUAUUAAAUCUUAAUAGAUUUCUUUUCUUAGAAAUGCGUUUCACCGACUUUGCCCUGGUGGCAUUGACUGUUGCAGGAGCUAACGCCGCUCCUCGUCCUCAGAAGAUUGACUUCAAAUCCCUCAAUCCUGUCGUACAAUCUGUUCAAAGUGUACCAGUUGGUAUCACUGCUCAGGUUGUCACAUAUAAUCCUACUGCUGCUACAUCCUCUGCCGCUGCUGCUGUUACUAAAAGUUCAGCUAUCAAGGCAACAGAAACUACAUUGGCCACAAAACGGGAAGCUGGGCAACUCGAAGUCAGAGAUGGUGAUUGCUCAACUCAACCAGCAACCAUCUAUACUGGAACCAACCCAGCAACAGAUGAUCCAGAUUCUUUUUUAGCCUAUCAGCCAUUUGCUGAUGCAGCCAACAGCGCUGCAACUCCACCUGGCUUUACUAGAUCUUUUGUUAAUCUUAACGCAUCUAACAAUGCUUUGAAGUACAUGGGAUUCACACAAUUGCCUACAUACGACACCAACAAUUGUGCUAGCAAGUGUUCCGACAUCGCUGGAUGCAAUGCCUUCAAUAUUUACUUCGAACGCGACCCAUCUGUCGACCCAGGUGCCUCUUGCACAAACCCAUCUUCCAUGACCAACGUUAAGUGCGUCUUCUGGGGUGGUGCAAUCGAUGCCAAAACUGCAGUCAAUGAUGGUCAAUGGCGCAGCACAUUCCGUGUUGUCAUUGCAGGAUCAAACGGUUACAACCUAAAUUCAUUCCCAACACCAAGUGGAUAUAAUCCUCCCACAUCCCUUGCAGGCGCUUCUAUCAACGCUCCAUUAGAUUGCAACAAGAAUGAUACUUACCUCGGAUCUCGUUUCUUCACUGAUACACCAUUCGAUAUUAGUCUUUGCACAGCAGCUUGCGAUGCCACCACUGCAUUCAAUAUCGCUCAUCCACCUGCAAGUGGUAUACAAACUUGUCAAUUCAUCAAUACCUAUAUCCUUUACUUGAACGGUGUUGCUCAAGGCCAAGCUUGUGCGAUGUACACAGACUCAUGGGAUAUCAGUUAUGCUGUCAAUACUGGUUAUACUAGUGGAACCGAUGUUUACACUAUCGACUCUUCUUAUACCUUGUCCAACUCUACCAAUCCGAACUACGCAGCAAACUGCAAGGUUGUAGCUAGCUCAAACUCAAGCAUUGCAAGCAAUUCAACUAUCGCUCGUCGUUUUGCAUAUUAAUUGUAUGUAUAGUACAGUACUCUUCUAACAUCCGCGAGCAGUUCGGGCCGUCGGUUGUUAGUCAGAAGUCCUAUACACGCUGCCGGUUAUUUGUUAUCUGUCAGGGUUCAUAAAUAACCCGCUAUUUAUGAAUAGUCCACGGAUUGUUUGUAGAUAAUUUGUUUAUCUUUUGUGAUUUUUGAGGGGUGGAAGUUGAUGGAAUGACGUAAUGCAUUAAUAUCUACAUGAGUAAUAAUACUAGAAUGUCUUCAAUAUAUAUCUAAGAUGAAAUUCUUUGCAAAAUUCUGAAAUGAAUGCCCACUAGUGAAGAGCUUUAACA